AUACGUAGCUGCUGUUAGCUAGCUAGCUUGUCUUGCUAUCCAGCUACCGUUCCUAAUAAGUGCAAAAUAGUUUCUUCCUCUUUCCCACAAACUGAACAUGUUUCAGCAGAAUCCAGGAGGAAGCGACUGUAAUGAAAGGAAAUGUAACCGUUGAAGUGACUCAGUUGUCCACCCAUCCCCGGGUGCCAUGUGCUUCAUGUGCUAGUCAUUUGAACAACUGAUAGAGUGUGUUGUUGUUGCCGCCCAGAUCUUAUACAUAGUGGUCAAUGUCUGCCAUUUCUUAAAUGGGAAACCCUCUUUAUAACAAGGAUGCCAAAUUAUGGCUUGACACCAGACUGGUCAUUAGUGUUUAGUCGGGAAAUUUCUUUGAGAUAUUCAAAGUGCGAAUCUGAAUGAUGCACAGAUAUGCUGAGAAAUGUCUAGGAAAGCAAGCUAAAUUGUGAUCAAGAAGAAAAAAAAAAAAAACAGCACGAUUUUGAUUUAGUUUGUCAUUAAUAGUAACCACACAGUUAACACCUGUUUCAACCAAUGUUUACAUGUACACCAGGAAGACCAGGAAGGCAUUUGAUGCUAUAGUACUGCAAGAUCACCAGCCAUGGCCGCAAUGCUGUUAGAGGCAGCUCUUCACUCUAUGAACAGUACACCCCUCCAAGUUUCUUGUCUGCGAUGUGUACACUGUGGAACAGGGAUGGGUGUGUUGAAACGGAUGCUGGGAAGUGGCUUGAGGAGGUCGUACUUCUCCACUAGUGCCAAUCGUCAGCUCAUAGGAGGGGCAGUCACCCCUGUGUUCACUAAGUCACUGAAAUUUGGGAACAGGCUUGCGAUCCUGGAUUCUUGCGGGAGCCACAGCUACCAGGACCUGUAUGACAGCAGCAGGGCCUUGGCAAAGAAAAUCACAGAGCUGCUAGGCUGCAGCACAGGGGACCUACAGGGACAGCGCAUCUCCUUCCUGUGUGCCAAUGAUGCCUCCUAUGUAGUGGCACAGUGGGCCUCCUGGAUGUGUGGCGGCACAGCUGUGCCCCUCUACAGGAAGCACCCUCCGUCUGAGCUGGAGUACAUCAUUACCGACUCCCAAUCCUCCUUGCUGGUGGCUGGACACUCCUACUCUGAAACUCUGGAGCCUCUGGCACAGAAACUGGGGCUCCCUUGCUUGCAGCUGCCUGCCACCUCCAGCCUGGAUUCCUUGAAGCCUGCAGAGAUGCACUCUGAGCCAGCUAUUGUGGACUGGGCAGACAGGCCAGCCAUGAUCAUCUACACCAGCGGCACUACAGGCAGACCCAAAGGGGUAUUAAGCACCCACACCAACCUGCAGGCUAUGAUUCAGUGUCUGGUGUCAGAGUGGGGCUGGUCCAUGGAUGAUGUCAUUUUGCACACCCUGCCACUGCACCAUGUCCAUGGCAUUGUGAACAAGCUGCUGUGCCCGCUCUGGGUGGGUGCCACCUGCCUGAUGCUACCGGAAUUCCAGCCACAGAAGGUGUGGGAGUAUUUGCUCAGUUCCAAGGCUCCACGAGUUAAUGUGUUCAUGGCUGUUCCCACCAUCUACUCCAAACUGAUCCAGUACUAUGAGCAGCACUUCACCCAGCCUCACGUCCAAGACUUUGUAAGGGCCAUCUGCAUGGAAAGAAUCAGGCUGAUGGUGUCAGGCUCAGCUGCCCUGCCCCAGCCCAUCCUGACGCGCUGGGAGGAGAUCACAGGACACACCCUGCUAGAGCGCUAUGGCAUGACUGAGAUUGGCAUGGCACUGUCCAACCCGCUGAAGGGACCACGCAUACCAGGUGCAGUGGGCAAUCCUCUUCCUGGAGUGGAGGUGCGAAUUGUUAUGAACACUACCAUUGUUGCCGAGGGCAGCAGCAUGGGGACUCAGGUUUGGCCAGGACUGGAGGGGAAGGAAGGGGAGCUGAUGGUGCGAGGCCCUUCUGUCUUCACUGAGUACUGGAACAAACCACAGGAGACCAAGGACUCCUUCACCACUGAUGGCUGGUUCAAAACUGGAGACACAGCAGUUUACAAGGGUGGGGUGUACUGGAUCAUGGGGCGCACAUCGGUGGACAUCAUCAAGAGCGGUGGCUACAAGAUAAGCGCUCUUGAGGUAGAGAGACAUCUGCUGGCCCACCCAGAUAUUGCAGAUGUUGCUGUCAUUGGUGCUCGUGAUGCUGUUUGGGGACAGAAAGUGACUGCUGUGGUGCAGCUAAAGCAAGGGAAGAAUCUGACACUGCAGGAGUUGAAGAACUGGGCCAGAGAGCGAAUGGCAUCGUACUCCAUCCCCACUGGCCUGGUCCUGGUGGACGAGAUGCCCCGUAACCAGAUGGGGAAAGUCAACAAGAAGGACCUGCUGAAACAAUUCUUCCCCAGCUAAGGAUGCCAACUGUCACCUGUCACUUUCUGGCCACUGCUCUAGGGAUUUGUACAAGUGAAGGAAGGAAAUGAAUUAGGAAAAGCCAAUGCUACCCUACAGCAAGACAAAAGGGUGGCAGUGUCUAUCACAUCCACAGUGCCACAGAAAUGACUACAUCACAAGACCUGUAGAGAUGUGUUGAAAAAAGAAGGUUCCUUAGAGGUUGAAGACGGGUUUAAAACCACCCGACA